AUGAUCACGUUUUCGCCUCGCAAGUCGCACUUCGACACUACUAAUGAGAGAUCGGGUAGAAAUGAGUUUCGGGGAUUCUUCACACUCUUUUGGAUAUCCAUGUUCGUCUUUACCAUCGACACCUACAUGCACAGCAUAGAGGAGCGCGGCUACCCGUUGGAAGGCGCAUUCUUCAACCUGUUCUCUCGCGACGCCGUCACGCUUGCGCUUUCCGAUGCUGCACUCAUUCUCAGUACUGGCGUCUGCGUACCAUUUGUCAAGGCGAUCCAACAUGGAUGGAUUCGGUACUACUGGAUCGGCGUCGUCAUCCAAAAUCUCUGGCAGACCACUCUCCUCUUUCGCGCCAUUAAGUGGACCUUCACUCGCCACUGGCCAUGGGUCCAGUCCGGCUUCCUUACUUUGCAUACUUUUGUGCUUGUCAUGAAGAUGCACUCGUACGUGACGACAAAUGGCCAGCUGCAUUGGGUAAAUCAGCAGGCCGAGCGGGUGUACGCACAGCUCCGCCAUGCCAUCGCGGACGAGGGCUCGUGGGAGGACGCGCUCGCCGCGGCCAGCGCGAACAAGGCUAAGACCGACUUGCAGGAGAAUGAGAUCGACAAGGCUGCAGACGGCAUUGUGAAUGGCACUACGGUGACCCCUGAUGGCGCGCGGACAUCAUAUCUUGACGCAGAUGUCGCACUCGCGCUGCGCAAGCGGCUCGCAGCAAAUGGGCACUCAAAUUCCAUCGGCUUGCCAACGUCAUCAGUUAUCACGACCGGUACUCGCCUCAUUCUGCCUUCGACCUCACCCAUGGACGAUGAGAGCUUCCCUCCGACGCCGUCACAGAUCCUCGCGCAUCACCCGAACCCGAAGAUCGCAGAGCUCGCGCGCGAACAUGCUGAGCUUGAGGCUGAGCUGACAAGCCCGGGCCCAGCCCAUAUUCGCUGGCCGGAGAAUAUCACGCUGAGAGACUUCGUGGUGUACAUGUCUAUCCCGACGUUGGUGUACGAGAUGGAAUACCCCCGAACAGACAGGAUACGACCACUUUACGUAUUUGAGAAAACUGUGGCAACGUUUGGCACGUUUGCGCUCCUGUACAGCGUCACGGAAAGCUUCAUCAUUCCUCUGACCCCUUCAUCUUCCGAUACUAUCUGGCGUACCAUAUUGGACCUAUCUUUGCCGUUUAUGGUGGCAUUCCUGCUCCUAUUCUAUCUCAUCUUCGAAUGUAUCUGCAAUGGUUUUGCCGAGCUAUCCUAUUUCGCAGAUCGCCGGUUCUAUGAUGAUUGGUGGAACUCAACAUCCUGGGACGAGUUCUCCCGCAAGUGGAACAGGCCAGUACAUACGUUCCUACUCCGUCAUGUAUACGCGUCCACGAUGAGCAGCUUCGGGCUGUCGAAGAACGGCGCGAUGUUCUUUACGUUUGUUAUCAGCGCCGGGGCCCACGAGCUUGUCAUGACAAUCGUCACAAAGAAGAUUCGAAUGUACUUAUUCAUGCUACAGCUGUCACAACUCCCUAUGAUUGCUAUCGGGCGACUGCCAGCGAUCAAGCGAAAUAAAUUGCUGGGGAACGUUGUAUUCUGGGCCGGACUGUUUGUUGGGCUGCCUCUGCUAUGCGUUGCAUAUGUCGCAUACUAA